AUGGUCGACCCCGAGCUUGCAGCAGCAAUCGCUGCACUGCCUACCCCGACUCCACAAGAGGGGACGCCUACGCUCGAAGAAUCCAAAGCCGUAUUCAACAGCGUCAUCGCACUGCCGUUUAGAAACUGGCAGAAGACGCAACUUCCGGAUGAAUCUACGUAUACCGUGAGAGACAGGAUUGUACCUGUAGAUGGCGGAGGCAUACCUGUGCGAUGCGUCGUCCCUAUCGUUGAGGACGAGAACGCGACGUUUCCCGUCCUCUUCCACAUGCACGGUGGAGGGUUCAUAUUUGGCGAUAUCAACUUAGACGAUUACUCCCUCCGCCGUCUAGCCGUAGACCUGAAGAUAUCUGUCGUCAAUGUUGAGUACCGCUUAGUGCCCGACUACACCUUCCCGACCCCACUCAACGACUGCAUUGCGGCGCUGAAAUGGGUCGUCGAGAACACGUCUGACCUCAAGGCCGAUUUGACUAAAGGUCUUAUCCUCAUGGGCGAUUCGGCUGGAGGCAACCUCGCUGCGGUUCUUGCGCACGAGGCGCACGACGACCCGUUCUUCAGCGGGAGACAACCGACUGGGCAGUUCCUGCGCGAGCCCUGGCUUGCCCACUCUGAUAGCAUUCCUGAGAGACUUAAGCCGCACUAUCGCUCCAUGGAAGAGAACGCGAAGCACGACUUGCCGAUGGCUCCGACGCGCGUGGGGCUCGAUGGCCUGAUGUUGGUAUACAAGGCACCUCUGACGGACCCGCGAUUUUCUCCGUUGCUCUACCCGUCCCAUGAGGGCCUCCCGCCGGCAUAUUUCCAAGUCAUGGGACUAGACAUCCUCCGGGAUGACGGCGUCGUCUACGAGCAGGAGCUGAAAGCAGCUGGGGUGAAGACGAAGCUCGAUGUGUAUCCCGGCGUCCACCACGGCUUCCACGGGCAGUUUCCGGCGAUUCCUAUUGCGACGAAGCUCUGGGCGGAUGUUCAGACGGGCAUUAAGUGGCUUCUGCGAGGCGGAGAAUGA